UAACUCAAGCAUUAUAAUGAAUUUGAGCGUUGAAAGAAACUACAAGAAAAGUUCGUUUUGGCACGAUGGAAAAUUUCACUUAAUCAAUUUCACAAGAAAGCUGUCCCUCUUGAGAAAUUGGAGUCUUUUUGACUGACGUUUUUAUUAAGGAGGGAGUAGGGUGGAGAAGAAAUUACACUAAGUCUCAUUCGGACAAUGCUUACUCUUGUUUCACUAAUGACUAAUUAGUCUUCACUUCUUUCAUUUUCUCCCUAUUAGAAAAUCGUCUCUUGGGUUGGGUUAACUGAAAAACAUUGGAAUUUUCUUUUUCUUUUUUCUUGGUUUUUUUCAAUUACCAAAAAUCAUAAAAAAUUAUUCACUAAACUUUUCACUCAACAAUCUUUCUGCAUAUUAUUGAUGAUACGACGGAGAAAUAAAUAUUUAAUGGUCCUUUUGUUUGAAUAUUUUUAUUUAAGAAGGAACAUUUUCU